AUGUCCUCCCUCCUGUCCCUCAUCAGCCUCCCAGCGCUAUCCUUCCUCGCCCUCCCCACUUUCUCGUCAUGGAGCACCUCUCUCAACCUCGCCUUCUUCAGCAUGACCUGGUUCGUGCUCGUGGUUUCCAACGACCAAUUCUACGUCGAAGUGCUUGGGAGUCUCUUCAUUCGCGCAAUCUUCUACAUACUCCCGUCCCUACUCUUCCUCGCGCUCGAUUGCGCCGUACCCUCGCUAGCGACCAAUAUCAAGACGCAAGGCGAGAUCGCGCUACCCGUGCGCAACGACAAGGACAAGCGCAAAGUGCUGGAGGUGGUGGGAUGGAGUACCUUCAAUGUCUGCCUCGGCGUCGCGCUCCAAGCUGCCAUCGAGCUGCUGUAUACCGAAGUCUUCCAGAUGCGCAGCGCGCUCAAAGUUCCCAAGACGCUGCCGAUGCCCUUCUCGAUCCUGUUUGACUUGGGGACCGCUCUCGCGUUCCGUGGCAUCUCAACCUACUACAUCAACCGCCACCUUCUACACUCCCCCUCCGGCGGCCGCGCCGCAGACUGGCACAAGUCCUGGCACCACUCCAUCCGCGCGCCCUACGCCUUCGUCGCAAACUACGACCAUCCCGUCCCCUGGAUCCUGAGCCGCUGGCUGCCCCUCCACGCACCAGCCCUCUUCUUCCCGGGCCGCACGCACAUCCUCUCCUUCCACCUCGCGCUCGCGCUCGUCUCGCUCGAGGAGUGCUUCGCCUACUCAGGCUACUCGACCCUGCCGUCGAUUCUGCUGGCAGGCAUGGCGAGACGCGCGGAUAACCACCUGCUGUCGGCCGGGAAGGGAAACUUCGGGCCUUGGGGCGUCCUGGAUUGGGUGCAUGGUACUACCGUUGGCAAAGAUGUUGUAGACGAUGUGAGGAAGGAGUGCGAUGAGCAUGAUGUACAGCGGAGGGCGUCGGGUUUGGGGGACGCUGCCGGCGGGAUGCUGGAGGAUGUAAGGGGUCGGUUGGGUGGGAACGGGAAUGGCAAUGGGAAGGGGAAGGAGAAGGGGAAGAAAAAGGUGAGAGUAGAGGGUGACGAGUGA